UGCCACGGCCAUACACCCAACCGUCGCAGCUCCUAUUCAACGCUCUACUUGCCUUGGCUUGGGCUGGCAAAUUGUCGGGAAAUCAUGGCAGGUUCUCUCAGGCUCAUUUCAAGAUACUGGCUGAAAAUGGUGAAACCAGUUUCAGAGACCACAUCAGUAAGGUCUAUUUCAGUGACUGCAACAAUUUCAGCAGAUAAGAAGCCAGCACAAGGGUCCAAAACUGCAACACCCUCUAAGCCAGCUGCAGCAUCCAAAGCUAGCACUGGAGGAGAGAGUUAUCAGGUACCUGAAUACUAUCAAUACAACGAGAUGUCCUAUUACCAAAUGGAGUCUGAUAUGAGGAAGGGUAGACUACCACAACCCAAACCAGGACAACCAAGUGAUUAGGGACUAGAUUGGAGACUAGAGCAAGAUUUAUACUGGACUCUUGAAACAACUACAAGAAACAAUUAGCAUGUCAUGCGAUUAUGUGCUUCUUUGAGAUAAAUCUAGCUCUGUGAUAAAGGCUAAGUUAUUUAAAAGGAAAUCUAUCUUUAUGGCUCUAGCACAGAAGAACCAUAAGUGAAUGGUGAAUGAAAUGAUAUGCAGUUUUGCAGUUGAAAAAAAACAGUCAAAUGUAUUAUUUUUAUUAUAUUCUAAAGGGUGUUACACUUGCAAUCAAGUUUUUAUUUGAAAUGUAAAUCUGUGGGUGAUUAAUUAAAAUGGGUAAAUUUGAACAAUAUCAAAUCAAUAAAUACAUUCUCUUAUAUGAUUAAUUAAUCAUAUUUAUUUAUUAUAUGAUUAAUUGCAUAUUUGCAACUUAUUUCAACAACUGCAAUCAAUAUUGGGACCUAAAUAUAAGUUGCAAUUGAUUGUAAAUAACUUGCACUGUGAACCCCAUAUUAUUACUCAAAAUAACCUUUAAAUCACGAAAGAGCAAGUAGGCAUCAACAGUCUUCUUCAGUGUGAAUUAGUCUUAAUUGGUAAAAGAAAAAAUUGAACAUGUGAUUUGUAUGAUAUAUUAAAAAAAAAAUAUGUAUUUCAAAUUGUUCAAAUGAGAUGGUAUUGUGGAAGAUGGAUCAUUAAAAUUGAACUUAUAUUUCCA